ACCAAACCUCUCCUAACCUCGGCGAGGGCAGUUUGUCGUCGAACAGCGUACGGGAGAGGCGCGGGAAACCCCCACACCGUGGCCCUCCGUCGCCGUCGCGGUCCACCCGUGGAAGGGGAAUCGAUACACAUGCAUGCAAGCUAUAUUGACUGGCAUUACCCAUAGUCGCAAAGAUCAGGCCAAAAAUUUGGGAUUACUUCUAUACUGUAUCAAUUGUUACUGAAGGCUAAUUACCUUGACGUAUCAUACUUCCCAAAAGCUUGGUACAUACACAAGUUGUCACCACAUGGGUUCCUGUGCUUCCAAGUCUGUCAUUGAGCAGAGACCACUGGCAAGGCACUAUGCCAGGAAGGGAAGAAGAGCCCGUACUAGUUCCCGAUCCAUUAUGCCCGAGGCACCCAAGUCAAGGUUGAAUGAUUCCAGAGGGCACAUGACUGACUUCUCAAUGAGUGAGGUUGUCCAUUUUGAGACAUCAUCAAACCAUGGAAAAUCAGAGCAUUCCAAAACAUUCCACCUCACACAAAUGCAGUGGCACCACAGCCAGAGGGAUUCCAAUGGUUGCUGCAAAGAAGAUGCGUGGUUUGAUUCCGUUAGCAUUCUCGAGGAUGAUUCUGAUGAUGAAUUUAAGAGUGUCAAUGGAGAUUGGCCCGAUGAAAAUGAGAGCGAAAAUGAGAAUGAGAAUGCAUCCCGUUUUGCUGAUGCACUCUCCCGCAUUGGAGACUUGUGCCGUGGUGUGCCCAUGACAUUAUCUGUAGAGCAGUAUCUGAAAAGAAAUGAUGGUAAUGAUCCUGACCGAAGGAGCCAAAGCAUGGCAAUGUGCUCCAGCAGGUGCCUACCAAGUUCCUUUAGCUUUAAGGGCUUGAAGGAGAAAAAUGAUGUCGAUGAGAAGAGCAAAGAGUGCACCACCCCAUCUCGCAUACGCAAGCUGUUGCACUCUUUCAGCUUCAAUGACAAGAUGCAGCAGUUGACCGGUGGAAGCCCAGCGAAGAAGAAGUCAACAGUUAUCCGGCUAUCAUACAAGAGAACAUCAUGUGAUGACUAUGACGAUGAUAGCGAACUAAGUGAAUCAAAGAAAUAUGUGGUCCGUCCGAAGGGAGGGACAACAAUUAUAUAUGGGGAAGAAAAGUCAACAUCAGGAUGUUGGACACAGAUUGAUCCAUCCCUCUUCAAGCUGAGGAGCGAAACCUUCCUCAAAGACAAGAAGAAAUGUGCUGCUCCAAACUAUGCUGCUUAUUAUCCUAUAGGUGUGGACUUGUUUGCCUGCCCCAAGAAGGUUCAGCACAUCGCUCAGCACAUUGAGCUUCCACAAGUCAAACCACAUGAUAGGCUUCCGUCACUUUUAAUUGUUAACAUCCAGAUGCCCGCCUAUCCUACUGCUAUGUUCCUCGGAGACAGCAAUGGAGAAGGAUUGAGCCUUGUGCUAUACUUCAAAAUCUCGGAGUACUUCGACAAGGAGGUUUCAGAGCAUUUCAAGGAGUCUAUUAUGAGAUUUAUCGAGGAUGAAAGUGAAAAGGUGAAAGGGUUUGCAUCAGAAUCAACGAUUGCUUAUAGAGACCGGUUAAAGAUCAUGGCUGGACUGGUUAACCCAGACGAUCUUCAAUUGAGUUCCACAGAGAGGAAGCUUGUUCAAGCAUAUAAUGAGAAGCCAGUCCUCUCACGGCCCCAACACAAUUUUUUUGAGGGAGAGAACUACUUUGAGAUAGACCUUGAUAUACACCGGUUCAGCUAUAUUGCAAGGAAGGGAUUGGAAUCAUUCCGGGAGCGCCUGAAGACUGGAAUCCUUGACCUUGGUUUGACCAUCCAGGCCCAGAAGCAAGAUGAACUCCCUGAACAAGUCCUUUGCUGCGUUAGGCUAAACAAGAUUGAUUUUGUUAACCAUGGGCAAGUUCCAACAAUCAUCACAUUGGAUGAUAAGUGACACGUUCGAUUGUAGCAAUUGCAGCUGUUGGGAGGCUAGAGGCCUAGAGCAUUUGAAAACAUGAAAACACAGACACAGAAACAUGAAUCACUUAUGUACCCAACAUUAUUCAUUUAUGCUAAAAAUAUUUGCUAUAUUACCUACUUCUGAGCAGGAAGAUUUCCUAUUGUUAUAAUAAUGAAUAUACAUAACAGAAAUGAUCCAUUGGGGAGUAUACAUUUUCUAUCUUA